AUGGCGCCUAUCUUACACUGUAUCGUUGAGGCAGACCCAUGUCUUCAUCAGGAUGCCACUAUCCAACCGAUCUUUCAUUCAAACAACUCAACACUGGUAGCCGUCCUGCGUGAAAACCAAUAUCAGUCUAGUGUGACCUACCACAAGCUCGACGAUGAUAGACUGAUCCCAGAUGUCUUGGGAUAUUCUUAUCUUCAAGAUGUUAUAGACCAGGGGAACAAGCAAUCCUCCGGCAAACUUCACGCCCGAGUGAUACAAGCCUACUCAAAGAUUCACUCUCUGCUUACUCCGACAACCAAAUUCAGUACGAUAGGCUCGUACACAAAGGCCCGAGAGCACCAAAUCUCCUCGGUUGUUCUUCAUGACAAGAGAUGUGCUUUCAUGGAGCGACUGGAACCGCCUCCAAACACGAAGUCAACUACAGUGAAUACUGUGUUCGCUCAAGUCAAUUUACAGACACCAAUUGGCCCCUCUUUGGAUCAAUUCGUCAAUUGCCGUUCAUCCAAUAUCAAAGCAAAUGAUUUGAAGGACUCCGCCAACGGUCUUUAUCGCCCUAUCACAAUCAGUACAGGCAUAUGCCUGUUCUCAUCUCGCCUGCUAGGAUUCAUCCCUACAAAUGGACUAUCCACGUCCAAUGACACUGCAAAGACAGUCAUCCCCCCACUGCCAUACAGUACGGCUCCAACUUUCUACGAGCUUGAAACAUGCGCACGGAUGGCGAUGACUAUUGCAGGCCUGGCCCUUACAGCUAGCACAGGGGGCGUAGCUGGCUCUCGACCAAUUGUUGUGAGACUGGAUGUGCCUUCUCUCCAGUAUUACUGCUACCCAUUGGAGCUUCUUGAAGCAGGACUUGUGAGCUUCGAAUACGUGGAAGAGUGGUUCAGACUGGUUGAUCGCCGGCAUCGGCAGGUCGCAACCUUGUUGAAAGAAACCAUCAUUGAGGAAGUCGGUCGACGGGGCGGUCAUGUUCAGGUAGAAGUCACCUCAGGCACUAUAGCCGCAACUCAGCUUUUGCGUCUAUGUGUGCUUGAUCGAAGAGAGUUACCGAAUGUGAACGACAUGCUAUUUGUGCUGGAGUGGAUUGGUCCCUAUCAGGCAGCAUGGCGAGAAUUCUUGGAACUCUCUGGUGAUAGCCAAAGGCCCAAAGAUCUUCGCAGUCUUGCACUAAUGGCUUAUGUCUUUGAGGUGAUGUAUCCUGCAUUGCAUCAGGCAACUACCAAGUCUCGACAUGGGCAGGGCGAGCAGAGUGGUCGCCCUUUACUGAUUCAGGUAGAUGAUAUCGCUGAAUGGAGAAUCUUUGACCGCGCAGACAAGCUUCUCAAGCGCCUGAAAGAGCGACGGCAUGGUCUUGAUGCCCUUUUGGUUGGCGUGUUUCCCUCACCGCGAAUCUUUACGAGUGAGGACCAAGGACGCUCUACCCUGUUCCUUCAUGACCCUGGUCUCAAGAUUUCGCAGAUUUGUUCUCCAUCUAGUGAUGGGGAGAAGGGAUCAUCUGUUGUGGGUCCAUUGGAUGUCAUUGGUCAGGUCUAUGGAAGAGAAAUCCAGGAGACACUCGUGCGACUGACCAAGAAACGUGGUUUGUCUACUACAGAUUGA